UCAAAUCCUUUCAAUUCAACUGCAAAGCUGCAGCUUGUUGCACGCCGGUCGCAUAUGCAGAGGAGAAGAGGGCACCAACCAAACAGCUGGCGAAAGUGGCCGAUGUUGAGACAGUUUCACAGAGCAAAAGAUAUAGAGGGAGAGAAACCACAACACUGCAACUUGGAUAUCAGUAACCGCUCUCUCUCUCUUUAACUCUCUCACCCACCAAAUCGACUUUGAACCUGUUUGUUUAAAUACACGGACUUUACAGCCUGCACACUUACUGUUGAUUCUGUAAGGCGGAGGGAGCGAAGUUUCUCAAUUUGGGUCCAUUUUUUGGAGCUGCUAAAAACUUUUUGGUGUCCUCAUGGUGCCUGGAGCUGCUGAGGUGAGCUUCUCUUAUCCGAGUUUUUCGGACGUGAUGUUGCGACUGUCACGGACGAUGGAGUCGGGAACCGAGCCGGGGAGGUACUGAAGACAUCUCUCUCCCCCGGGAGAGUCCUCCCUCCCCCCGGGGCGAUGCGGAUCUCCUUCCUCCUUCUCACCGCCUCUCUGUGUGCCUUGGUCCUCCUCCUCGCACCUGCCUCGGAGGGCUGCGGGCCGGGGAGGGGGUACGGCAAGAGGCGCCUCCCGAAGAAGCUUAUCCCGCUUGCCUACAAGCAAUUUAGCCCCAACGUCGCUGAGAAGACCCUGGGAGCCAGCGGAAGACCCGAGGGCAAAAUAACGCGCAACUCCGAGCGCUUUAAAGAGCUGACGCCGAAUUACAAUACAGAUAUUAUCUUCAAAGAUGAGGAGGACACGGGCGCCGACAGGCUCAUGACCCAGCGUUGUAAAGACAAGUUAAACUCUCUGGCCAUCUCUGUGAUGAACAUGUGGCCAGGUGUUAAGCUGAGAGUGACAGAGGGCUGGGAUGAGGAUGGUCAUCAUUCAGAGGACUCGCUGCAUUAUGAGGGACGUUCUGUGGAUAUCACCACCUCAGACAGGGACAGAAAUAAGUAUGCCAUGUUGGCCCGGCUGGCCGUAGAAGCUGGAUUUGACUGGGUCUACUACGAGUCCAAAGCUCACAUUCACUGUAGCGUCAAGUCAGAACACUCUGUAGCAGCCAAAACCGGUGGCUGUUUCCCUGGCGAUGCUCAGGUUAUCCUCGAGGGCGGGGCUACUAAACAGAUGCGUGACCUUCACCCUGGCGACCGCGUCUUGGCUUCUUCAACGACAGAUGGUCACGGCUCCCUUCUCUACAGUCCGGUCUUAUCCUUUCUGGAUCACCAGCCCAACGUCACAAAGAUCUUCUACAUCAUUGGCACCAACAGAGGACUUAAUAUUACUCUCACAGCCGCUCACCUGAUCUUUGUCACAGACUGCACUGGUGGGCUGAGCGAGCCAAAGUGGAAAGAGACAGCUGAAGAGCCACUUUUGGGCUCGGUAAAGGAGGGCAAGCCUUGCUGGGAAGCAGGUUUGAGGACAGUUUUUGCCAGUGAGGUCCGGCCAGGACAGUGCGUACUAACGUCACAAGGGAAAUUCGGCUCACAGGCAACACUUUCAGUCGUGACCAUUGUAGAAGAACAGAGGGGCACCGGGCUGUAUGCCCCACUAACCCAGCAUGGGUCCAUAGUGGUGAACGGUGUGCUGGCAUCUUGCUAUGCUGCUGUGGACAAUCACCAUUUGGCUCACUGGGUGCUGGCCCCACUGAGGUUCUUCUACAGCCUGAUGGGACCCUCAGAACCUCAGACCGACGGCCUGCACUGGUACCCUUGGCUUCUACAGAGGCUGGGGCAAAUGCUGUUGGACGCUGGACACUUCCACCCCUGGGGGAUCGAGCAAGAACAUAGAUAGAAGACUCAGAGACAUGUUUCACACUGAUGACUUCAUUCACUUAUUCAGGAGCACCAAAGCACAGAUUGAGGGACCCCCAAAAACGUGCCUGUAUUUGCUGUACUUCAACAAACUCAUUUUUGUAGGUCAUGCAAUUGUGCAAAAGACAAAGAAAAGAGACUGGGAAGAUUUGUUUUGGCCAUUUCAAUUUUCAAUUCCAAAUAUUUAGAGGACUGAGAAACAACCAAAGACAGUUCUGGAAGUGUUUGAUAAAAAUAUAAAAGUUGAAUACCAACAGAAAUGGAAACAUAAGUAUCUCCCAUGUUCAAUUUAAGAGGUGAAUAUCUGUCAAUAUAUUAAAGUUCCACUCAGAGCACCUCAGAGAUGAAGCACAGGGACUUCAGUGAACACAUGAAGGAAACAUUUUAGGAGGAAACUAAUGACUGAACAAGGUGUGAUUUGAAGCUCUUUAUGUACAUAGGUAUUUAUUCAGUUAAGGAUUGUUAAAAAGGAAAGAAAGACAACAAAUUAACUUUACUGUCAGAAUCAUCACUGCAGUAAACCCACUGAUUCUGUACUCUUCUUUAUAGAGCCUGUAUUGUAUAUUGAAGUUAAUUUACGAAAUAAUAUUAAGAUAGACACAUUGGGCCAUGCUGUCAAUCUGUUUUUCAAAGUGUGUCAACUACUUUCAGUCAACUUAAUUGUCCCAAACUGAUUCAUAUGGUUCAUAUAUACAUCUUCAUGUUUUGAUCAGUUAUUUUAUUUAAAAGGUGUUUUUUGUUUGUUAACAUGUUUUCAUUGUUUCAGGUUUUCAAUUUUCAGGUCAGUAGUAUCUAGUUAAGGUAUACACAACACUCAGGCUGUAAUCAACUACUGUAUUAAGCAACAGCUAUGCAUCAUAUUGAAUAACAGAUAACAAAUCUCUUUUAUAGUUACUUGAUGGCUCUCCUUUGCAUUGUCUUUUUUUGUAUUCCAUCUAUCAUCCUAGAUUUAAGACCUGGAUUGGCACGUGCAGCAAUUUUGGUUGUUAACACUAUGGGAAGCAGAUGUGAUAGGUGGCUGAAUAAAUAUGGAUAAACAUGUCGUUCAUGUUGCCUAAAGUGUUCUUCCAGUCGUCAUUUAUUGAGUAUGAAAACUUGUCACAUAUGUAUAUUAAGCUAUUGUUGGAGAGACUAUUUAAAGAUCUAUUUUUAGAAAAUAAUGUAAACUAUUAUUAUUUUCGGCAACUCUGUGCAUAC